AUGAAUGCAGUGAUGCAACUGUUAUCGCCUGAGAAGGUAAAGGCAUUAUUUCAACGUCGUAAGAGAAGAUAUAUUAAACGUGAUCGAGAGGAAGCAGCCCAACGGCUAUUCCAAGAUUAUUUUGCUGAAAAUCCCACUUUUCCACCUGAGAUGUUUCGUAGACAAUUUCGGAUGCACCGAGAGUUGUUUAUUCGCAUUUUAAACGGUGUUACAGCAUAUGACGAAUGGUUCAUCCAGAAGCCUGAUGCCUUCGGUUGUAUGGGUUUCACUCCUAUACAGAAGAUGACAGCUGCAAUACGUAUACUCGCAUAUGAAAUUUCAGCAGAUCUUUGUGAUAAGUACAUAAAGAUUUCUGAAACCACUGCGGUUAAAAGCUUGAAGCGCUUUUGUGAUUCUGUAAUUGCAGUGUAUGCAGGGCAGUACCAACGCACACCGAACGAAAAAGACAUUGCACGUCUGCUUCGAGAAGGGGAAGAAAAAGGUUUCCCAGGUAUGCUUGGCUCUAUAGAUUGUAUGCAUUGGGUAUGGAAGAACUGCCCUACAGGGUGGCAUGGCACACACAGGGAAAGAAAUCAUAAGCCUACCCUUAUAUUAGAGGCGGUUGCAUCAAAAGAUCUGUGGAUCUGGCAUGCUUUCUUUGGUAUGGCUGGUUCAAACAAUGACGUGAAUGUCUUAGAUCAUUCCCCGGUAUUCAAUAGCCUGAUCAAUGGCACAAUGCCUCCGAUUAAUUACGAGAUAAAUGGGCAUCGACGUACAAUGGGGUAUUACUUAUCUGAUGGUAUUUAUCCCAAGUGGACAACUUUGAUUCAGACCAUCCCACACCCAACAACUGUCAAAGAGAAAUUAUUUGCUAAAAAACAAAAAGCCGUUAGGAAAUAUGUUGAACGAGCGUUUGGUGUGUUGCAGAUCAGGUGGGCUAUAACGCAAGGACCUGUGUAUUAUUGGGAUAAAGAAGAUUUAAACAAGAUAAUGAGAACGUGCAUCAUAUUGCAUAAUAUAAUCAUUGAAGAUGAGCGUGGACACAUUUUGCAAUGGACACCUCCGCCAGAUGAGCCAAUAUCCCUCCCACAAUACAUUCGAAACCCAACAAUGUUAGCGGCACACAUUUCCGGUCAUUUUAGAAGAAUUCGUAAUAGAGCGGAUAAUGCUAAUCUCAAGAGACAUCUGAUGGAACAUUUGUGGAAUCAAUUUGGUAAUGAAGAUGUUUAA